AUGCCGGGAGGACCAUCUCCUCUGAAAAUCAAGUUGCUAGUGGCGGAGACAGGCCCAAACGACCAUGCUGACUUUGAACCUGGAGGCAUCCGAGGUCGUUUGGAUGUGCUAUUCGGAGCAACAUCAGGCUGGAUAUCAACUAUUAACGUUAUAAGAGAUGCCUUGGAACAUGAGAUUGUCUUUACCCAUCGCACCAUCGUCAUUCCCAACAUUUCCCGCGAGGCGGCCGCUACUUGCUUAGAGACAGUCCGCAGUUUAGCCGAUGGCCUAUGUAAUCCCAAGAGCUCUUUCUCCCUAAGAGUAGUGUCAAAGGACGUCAAGAAUAUCCGAUACAUGCCUUGCACCUCUAAUCAAUCAGACCUCCAGAAACACUUUAACUGCAAUUUUGUUCUAUUCGCUCUCCGAUAUACUGUUGGGGAUGUCUUCUUCGAGGAUGUAGAUGCGGAUGCCCAAUGUUUCUUGCAAAGGAACCCACAGAAAUGGUUCCUAGGCCCACUUCAGGUUGGCGUUUUCCUCAGCGACUUCCUAGUUCUCUUCGACAAACUAGCUACUUUGCUUCCGCUCGAAGCCGUUCUGACUGAGGGUCAACCAUCUGAUGAUCUAAAAAAGGAAGUCAUUCUGUUGCAAGUGCUUAAAUAUGGGGCGAAAUAUGCACCAGCACUUCGUGCUGCGUGCACGGUUGGCAUAGGGGAUCUCGAUAAAGAUAGUAUCAGAAGAAAGUUUAUUGAAGCUGACACCGCAGUUAAAAGGGCCAUGGACAAUGCGUGUAGUAAACUACAAGAAUUGCGUCACCUAGAUGAUGAUAAAUUCGGUGACUCUGUUCAAGAGAUUAACAGAGAACUUGCCGAGUCAAUCAAGCCUCGCAGACAGCUCGCGGUAUAG